UUCUCCAGUGGGAUUUGUACGUGGCAGCGCCUACAACCUCUUUCUGUAAUAACAUAUGCCAAGUGGACAUUCGUUCACAUACCAGAGCGUAACAGUGUUUGUAAAACCUUCUGGAAAAGAGUGCAGGUUACUGAAGAAGAGAAAAUGUGGAAGUCCUUGUUUUUUGUCAUCUUGGUUUUGCUCCACUGCUGCUGCUGGACCACACAUGGGGAAAUCUUCACCUCCAUUGGCCAAAUGACGGACCUGAUCUACACAGAAAAGGAGCUGGUGCACUCUCUGAGGGAGUACAUCAAAGCAGAGGAGUCCAAGCUUGCUGCAGUCAAAAGCUGGGCCAGCAAACUUGAUGCACUGACCAGACUGUCCACCUCUGACCCAGAGGGGUACCUGGCCCACCCAGUAAAUGCUUACAAACUGAUGAAGAGACUCAACACAGAAUGGUCAGAACUGGAGAACCUGGUUCUUCAGAACCCUUCUGAUGGGUUCAUCUCUAACAUGUCGGUACACAGACAGUACUUCCCAGGUGAGGAGGACGAGACGGGUGCAGCCAAGGCUCUGAUGCGUCUUCAGGACACAUAUCAGCUGGAUUCUGAAGCAUUUUCCAAAGGAAAGCUGCCAGUUGAAUCCUCAAUUUACCAGGCUUCAUCAUUGCACAGUUUGCACACAUCAAGUGUGCACUCCGACGCCGUGCUGACAGUGGACGACUGCUUCGACAUGGGAAAGACGGCGUACAACGAUGCAGACUAUUACCACGCUGUGUUGUGGUUUCAGCAGUCCUUAAAGCAGCUGGAUGACGGAGAGGAAGCUGUGGUCUCCAAAGCGGAUAUUUUGGACUACCUUAGCUACUCUGUUUACCAAAUGGGUGACCUACCACGGGCCAUUGAGCUGACACGCCGGCUGGUUGCUAUCGACUCUACCCAUGAGCGGGCAGGAGGAAACCUCCGUUAUUUUGAACAGCUACUUUCCAAGCAGCUCAGUGAGAUGAACCGGGCCUAUCAGCCUGCCUCUGAGGAGCCCAUCCAGCUAGGGACCUACACCCGGCCAAAGGACCAUCUUCCAGAGAGGGAGGCGUACGAGGCUCUCUGCAGAGGAGAGGGGCUCCAAAUGAAUGAAGCGAGGCGGAGCCGUUUGUUCUGUCGCUACCAUGAUGGUAAAAACAACCCUCGUCUCCUGCUGAAGCCUGUAAAGGAAGAAGAUGAAUGGGACAGCCCCCACAUUGUUCGCUACCUGGACAGUCUGUCAGAUGAAGAGAUUGAGAAGAUUAAAGAGCUGGCAAAACCCAGGCUUGCUAGAGCUACUGUUCGAGAUCCCAAAACAGGAGUUCUGACCACAGCCAACUACAGAGUUUCAAAAAGUGCAUGGUUGGAAGAAGAGGAAGACCCGGUCAUUGAAAGAGUUAAUCAGAGAAUAGAGGACAUCACCGGUCUCACAGUAGAAACUGCAGAGUUACUGCAGGUUGCAAACUAUGGAGUUGGCGGACAGUACGAGCCCCAUUACGACUUCUCACGGAAAGAUGAGCCUGAUGCUUUCAAAAGAUUAGGCACUGGAAAUCGAGUGGCAACUUUUUUAAACUACAUGAGUGAUGUGGAGGCGGGAGGUGCUACGGUCUUUCCUGACUUUGGGGCAGCAAUCAGGCCUAGAAAGGGGACAUCAGUGUUCUGGUAUAAUCUCUUCAAGAGUGGAGAGGGAGACUACAGGACCAGACAUGCAGCCUGUCCUGUUCUUGUAGGAAGUAAAUGGGUGUCCAACAAGUGGAUUCAUGAACGAGGACAAGAGUUCAGGAGACCGUGUGGUCUCACAGAAGUGGACUGAAGUUAACUUUACACUUAUGCACUCAAACACACACACACACACAAAACUCCCUCUCCGCGGUGCCUUGUUUCUGGUAACAAUGCUUUACAUUCACUUUACAAAAUACUUUAAUGUUUUUCUCCCUGAUCUUUGCUUGGUUUACAAACGGCUCACAAGGGAAGCUUCAUCCCUCUGGAGUGUGCGAUCAGACUUGGAGAGUAACGUCUUUUUAUUGGAAAACAUAGAGCUGCAGCUCUGUCACACACUCCCCCAUCAACUCCACCUUAUUUUGAACAGGUCUGCUUAAUCAGGUAAAUCAAUCAUUAACAACAAAAAUGCAUAAAACUUUCAGGACAUUCUCAUUUGUUUUAUUAUAUAAACAAGCUUUAUAUUCACAAAUUUAAAAUUCUGCUCAAAGACAUCUGCCACCACCACUUCUAUUUCUUUUUGCAUUCUUUUUUAGUAAAAAAAAAAAAACUGCACUGUGUUUGGCUCUCAAGUGAAUAUCUGAACAUUUUUUACAUGAUCUAU